UCUCCUUCCGCGAGGCGUGCCGGGAAAUGUAGUUUCCCUGUGUCACCCGGCUCUACCUGCUUUGUAGGUGACUCCCAACCAGGAAGUAGAAGUUGCUGGUCGGGUGGUAGUCGGCUUGUAUUCUGGGAGGGAUUGUCAUAAAGACUCUGAUAUGGAGGAUUCUACGAGACCUCUGACCAGCUUAGCUUGGACUUCUGGCCAAUCCACGUGCCCCAAAGGUCACAUCAUAAUCGCAGCCUCGGCGGAAGGCGCCUCUGCCAACUUUCUGAAGGGGUUUAAUCAGAGGUCUGCCCUUUACCUAUGUCACAGCGCCGCUCUGGAGACCAUAGAACAAGUCAUCACUGAGGUGGUGCUGCUGAGCGAGAAGAGCGCCUUACCAGUAGGGUUCGCUUUUAUUGGAGAGUAUGUAGAUCCCAAGGUAAACGUGCCGAAGAAGAAACGUCUGUGUGUUAAACUGAGCCCUGCAAACACUGCCGACUCUGCUGUCUGUGACAUUAAGCUAACGGUGAAAAGCAGGCAGCUUGCUGCGCCGUACACUCGCGUUGGUGAUAUGAGUGGCCUGGCUAUAUGGUGCAAGAAGGUUCCCUGUGCUUUCCAGAAACCUACUCCGAAACCACGAAGCAUCACAUCAGGCGUCCGAGGACUUUCUUUAGAUAACGGCAUUCCAGCCCAGACUAACACAUCCCAGAUCCCAGCUCCUGUAGCUGAUACUAAACCUCAUGUAAGAUCCCCUCAGUCUGAACACCCGCUCUACGAGGCCAAUGUCUAUGGCGUAUCCGCAAUCGAUGGGAUCCCAUUCACCAUCCAUCCCAUGUUUGAAAGCAAGAUUUCUGAGCCUUCUAUAAACUUUUCUAACUUCAAGAAUCUUCAAAUCAAAACUUUGGCUGACAUUGAGAAUGAGUACGACUAUGGAUUUGUGGUGGAGCGCUCCGCAUCUGCCAGAUGACAACGAUCCUGCAGCUCAGCAACAGACUUGUAUACACUGACCGAAUGAUGGAGACCGAAAAUGUUACCUACA